UCUCUGAAGCCCUGAGCAGAGACCCAAGGGCCGUGCGACUGCAGGAAGGUUAUUUUGCUUGGCUGACAGGCAGAAAACUCACGUGGCUGGAGUAGCAGGGUUGGUGACGACAAGGGUUUCUAGAAGCAGGGUAGAACAGAGGGCAGACACCUAGCCCAGCCUGAUGUUACUAAACAAUGGCAGCUGGUGAGCCAAGGGUGACCAGGACCCUGAACUCUGUGGCCCCGGCUUUGAGGGAAGCAAAGUUGUUCUCAACUGUGGAAGAGGAGAAUUUGGACAGCAGAACAAAAAAGGAAGACAGCCUCUUGGAGCAGAUACAUUUGUCACAGGAAGCCACAUCAAACCCUGGGGCCUUUGCUGGGCCUCUUCAUCUGCCCAGUUACUGGGAGGUAGAUAGCCCCAGGAAGGAAUCCAGUCAGCCCUGGGCACCAGGCCAGGAGUGGAUAAAGCUAGAAAGAGACACCACAGAAGAGAAGAUGUUUGAACAGCUGAAGCCAAUUGAACCUGUACAGAAGAUGCUCCCAUGGGUGGGUGAGGUAUCUGCUACCCUGCAGGAAGCCAUGAAGAGAGAUUGCUGGAGGGAGGCAUGGGUGAAGAAGAAGCCAGUCACCUUUGAGGAUGUGGCAGUGAAUUUCACCCAGGAAGAGUGGGACUGUCUAGAUGCCAGCCAGAGGGUCCUUUACCAGGAUGUUAUGUCGGAAACCUUUAAGAAUUUAACAUCUGUGGCCAGAAUCUUUCUGCGUAAGCCAGAGCUAAUCACCAAGCUUGAGCAAGAAGAGGAACAGUGGAGAGAGUUUGUCCAUCUCCCAAACACAAAAAGCCUUUCAGAAGGCAAGAAGAAAGAGCUUCGAGAACAACAACCCAGUCUGAGAGAUGAGGGGACUAGUGAUGACAAGGUCUUCCUUGCAUGCAGAGGGGCCGGCCAGUGCCCCCUAUCUGCCCCAGCUGGGUCUAUGGACAGGACCCGGGUGCUUCAAGCAUCCCAGGCUGGGCCACCCUUUUUUUGCCACACCUGUGGUAAAUGUUUCAGCAGGCGCUCCUACCUCUAUAGCCACCAGUUUGUUCACAAUCCCAAACUGACUAAUAGCUGCAGUCAGUGUGGGAAGUUGUUUCGGAGCCCCAAGUCCCUCAGCUAUCACAGACGCAUGCAUCUUGGUGAGAGGCCCUUCUGUUGCACGCUCUGUGACAAGACCUACUGUGAUGCUUCUGGACUAAGUCGUCACCGCCGCGUCCAUCUGGGUUACCGGCCCCAUUCAUGCUCUGUGUGUGGGAAGAGCUUCCGGGACCAGUCUGAGCUCAAACGCCACCAGAAGAUACACCAAAACCAGGAGCCAGUGGAUGGAAACCAGGAGUGUACUUUGAGGAUUCCAGGCACCCCUGCUGAAUUCCAGACACCCGUCGCCAGAAGCCAGAGGUCCAUCCAGGGGCUUUUGGAUGUGAACCAUGCACGAGUGGCCAGGUCCCAGGAACCCAUAUUUAGAACUGAGGGUCCUAUGGCCCAGAACCAGCCAUCUGUACUUAAGAACAAAGCACCUGUGACCAGGACCCAGGCAGCCAUCACUGGAACCCCCUGUCCGGAUGUCAGAUCCAACUCUCAUCCAGUGAAGCCCUCAAGACUCAAUGUCUUCUGUUGCCCCCAUUGUCCUUUGACUUUUAGCAAGAAAUCCUAUCUCUCCAGACACCAGAAGGCCCACCUCACAGAGCCGCCCAACUACUGCUUCCAUUGUAGCAAGUCUUUCAGCUCAUUUUCCAGGCUGGUCAGACACCAGCAGACCCACUGGAAGCAGAAGAGCUACCGUUGCCCUAUCUGUGACCUCUCCUUUGGGGAGAAAGAGGGCCUUAUGGAUCACUGGAGGGGCUAUAAAGGCAAGGAACUGUGCCAGAGCAGCCACCAUAAAUGCCGGGUGAUCCUGGGCCAGUGGCUUGGCUUCUCUCACGAUGCCCCCACUAUGGCUGGGGAGGAAUGGAAGCAUGGAGGUGAUCAAUCUCCCCCCAGGAUCCAUACCCCCAGGAGAAGAGGCCUAAGAGAGAAGGCCUGCAAAGGAGACAAAACAAAGGAAGCAGUGAGCAUCUUGAAACAUAAAUAAAUGGCCUUUCUGACUGAGCUCUUUCUUUGUGUUUGGUUUUCCUGAGGACUGACCUCUGGGGUAAUGAGGCUGGAGUAGAGGGAGACAGGUGCGUGGAUAAGGAAGGAAAUACAUAAAAGAAAAGGGGUUAGAAGUGUGCAUACGAAAACUUGUAUUAUAUUUAUUUAUUUAUUUAUUUAUUUGAGACAGAGUCUUACUCUGUCACUCCGGCUGGAGUGCAGUGGUACGAUCUCAGCUCACUGCAACCUCCGCCUCCUGGGUUCAAGCGAUUCUCCUGCCUCAGCCUCCCGAGUAGCUGGGAUUAUAGACGCCCACCACUAUGCCCAGCUAAUUGUUUGUAUUUUUAGUAGAGAUGGGGUUUCACCAUGUUGGCCAGGCUGGUCUCGAACUCCUGACCUCGUGAUCCGCCCACCUCGGCCUCUCGAAGUGCUGGGAUUACAGGCGUGAGCCACCGCGCCUGGCCAAAACUCGUAUCGUUAUUAAUUAGCACCUAGCUUGUUUGUGUCUGACCAUCAAGUAGUAGUUGUUGAAUAAACAGUGGAUACUCUGAUAGAUAUGAAGAUAGGAGGAAAAGGAUGAGAGGAAGGAAAGAUUCUGAGACCUGUGGAAGAUGUGUAAGUAGAAGGAAAACAUUCUAAAGCAGGCAUGUUGCCCAGCUUUCAUUUUUGCUUCCCCAGGUCCCUAGUAGGCUACCAAGACAAGGUGGAGCUCUGGCUAGUAUUCUGUAGGUUUCCCCCCAUCUCCAGGUUUGGGUUGGAGCUACCCAUAUCCUCACUCUUCAGCUCACUCAGCUCUCUCUUCAAUGUUUUGCACUCUUCCUCUUCCUUCCCUUCACAUGCCUCUCAGUUUUGCGCAAUCAGGGCUGGAGUCUUGGAAGAAACAACCACCAUUUGCAAAGUUAUCAUACUGUAAUUUUCAGUGAGGAGAUUCCUGGCCUCCAGUUCAUGGCAGAGACCAUCCUGUGUUGCUCUCCAGUACAGGUGUCCUCUGAUGGAGAGAGGGGCACCUGCCUGUCCUUAGCCAGAGAGGGCUUCCAGGUGGAAGACUGGAGAGAGAAAUGGAAAGAAGGGUAAUAAAAAUGGGAAAAUGAAG